GCGCCGGGCCCCUGGAGAGCCAGGCUCCCGUGGCCGCGUGCUGGGCGGAGGCCGGAGUCCCGUGGGCAAGGAUGGCGUUGGCGACGCGCUCGCAGAUCCCUAAGGAAGUGGCUGACAUCUUUAACGCCCCCAGUGAUGAUGAAGAGUUUGUUGGUUUCCGAGAUGAUGUUCCCAUGGAAACCCUCUCAUCCGAGGAGAGCUGUGAUAGUUUUGACUCACUGGAGUCAGGGAAGCAGCAGGAUGUGCGUUUCCAUUCCAAAUACUUCACAGAAGAGCUCAGAAGAAUUUUUAUAGAGGACACUGACUCAGAGAUGGAAGAUUUUGAAGGAUUUACGCAGACUGAUCUCAAUGUUAAUAGUAACCCAGAGCUUGUGGAGUCAGAUUUGAGUGACGACGGUAAAGCAUCUUUCGAGAGUGGGGAAGAAGAUGAUGAUGAAGAAAAGGCGACAGCUCAAAGAAGCAGGCGUAGAAGAAGCAGUAUUGGUCUUCGAGUAGCCUUUCAGUUCCCCACCAAGAAACUGGCAAAAAAUGCUGAUAAGAACGGUUCUGCAGAGCCCCUGUUUCCUGGGUCACGUUUACAGGACAAUAAAAAAGCGAUUCUUGGAAGGAAGACGAGCUGCAGGCAGGAGAAGGAAAGGGAGGACUCUGCCUCUGAGUCUGAGGACGGCUCCCGGGAUGAGGGCCAGGAGAGCUCGGAUGCUCUGCUGAAGAGGACCAUGAACAUCAAGGAGAACAAGGCCAUGCUUGCUCAGUUAUUGGCGGAAUUGAACUCGAUGCCUGAUUUCUUCCCGGUUCGAACCCCGAACUCAGCUUCUAGGAAGAAGACCGCGAGGCGGGCCUUCUCAGAGGGGCAGGUCACACGGCGGACCAACCCGGCCCGGAGCGCGCGGCCCCCCGAGAAGUUCGCCCUGGAAAACUUCACUGUGUCGGCCGCCAAGUUCGCAGAAGAGUUCUACAGUUUCAGAAGAAGGAAGACAGGGAAAUGCCAGGGGCACCGCCGACGUCGCUGUGUGUCUUCUUUUCGGCCAGUGGAGGACAUCACUGAAGAGGACUUGGAGAAUGUGGCCAUCACUGUUCGGGAUAAAAUCUAUGAUAAAGUUCUGGGUAACACUUGCCAUCAGUGUCGGCAGAAGACCAUCGACACCAAGACAGUGUGCCGGAACCAGAGCUGCGGUGGCGUGCGAGGGCAGUUCUGCGGGCCGUGCCUGCGGAAUCGCUACGGGGAGGACGUGAGGUCGGCGCUGCUGGACCCGGACUGGGUGUGCCCUCCCUGCCGGGGCAUUUGCAACUGCAGUUACUGCCGGAAGCGCGACGGCCGCUGUGCCACAGGCAUCCUCAUUCACCUGGCCAAGUUUUACGGUUAUAACAAUGUGAAGGAGUACCUGGAGAGCUUACAAAAGCAGCUCGUGGAAGACAAUUAAGAGAAGAACCAGCCCGCUCACCGUGGAGCACUCCAACAAGACAUGCCAUUUGUGCCUAAGAUUUCUUUUUAUACAGAAAUUCUUUGUAGAGUUAAAUGCUAUUUUUUUUUUAAAGAUUGUUUUUAUACGCUUCAAAAGAUUUCUCAGGAAGAUGAGAGAGGAAUCUGUAUACAUAUAUUAUACACAGGCCUGUUUGUAUGUUGUUAUUAAAAGUAUCUGCAGAUGAUUAAAAUCCAGUUUAAAGGAGUGAAGUUCCAGGUAAAUCCUGGAAGAAAGACAGCAUCGCAGCUCUCUAUCUCCCAGACAGUAACUGGAGGCCAGGUCGUUACAGGGGUUACACCCCCUUGAGUUUGUCAUGAGUGACCAUAGUUCAAACCCCAUAGUUUAAGCUGCUCUGGGUUGUUGGACGUUUAUGUUGAAGAAUGCUCCUCUAAAUUACAAAGUGCAAUUAACCAUGGAACUAGAGUUUUAUUUUUGUUAAAACUUGAACCAAAACUAGACUGUCACAUUACUGACACUGGAGGCCUUGGAGGGCAGCUGCCUGGGGCCCAUGGCUUCUGUAUUUUAAAAGAAUAUAUAAAGGCAAAUUUAAUUUAGAGAUUUUUGUUUAAUAUCUAUAAAAACUACACUCCCAUGUAGGGACCAGGAGACUUCCAGCCAUAUUGCUUUUUGAGUUACAGCGGAAUUUUGAUGCAAACGUGAGCUGCACUAAUUUUGUGUUGCAGGGUGGGGGAGUAGAGGGGUACUGGGGGAAUGGACAUUCUUUCAAUAGGUUUCCCAUGUUUUUCUACAUUUGCUUCUUUUUGUCCCCCUUCUCCACAAGGAUGGUGUUUAAAAAAAUUAAUGCACAUUUAAUUUUCUCAAAAGUUACAUAAGCCAGAAUAUGUUAUGCCUCCCAGCAGGAUAAAUCACCACACCCGGGAGCAGUGACUGACAGGUGCUCACUGUGUUCCGGUCAGGCCUCCAGCAGCAGAGCCACGCCCGCCAGGACCCACUUGGCCGCCUUUUCUUUGCUCUUUAGCCUGAAGGUCCAGACGUAGUGGGGGCCUCUUCUUUUGGUUUUGUACACAGGACACGCGUACGUGUGUUGGGUUUCCUGUCUGUCCACUGGUAUGGCUUUCGCAAAGAUGACUGGCAUCGUGGACCGUAACUCCUUGAGGCGGGCUUCCACGAUGGUUCCUGACUGGCUGUCCCAUCUGGCUCCUGCGGGAGAGACACGGGUCACACGCGCGCUCCUGUUGGUACCGCUUCUCUACCUGUUGUAGGCAAUAAAUGUUCUGGU